GGUACAGCACAGGUACUUGCAUUGCUUGCUUCUCCUGUUUAUAUAACGUCAGACCGUCGGCAGAAAAUUGCGGAAGCGCGACGUGGAUAAUCUAUAAUCAGCUUUCAAACUAUUUAAUUUACCUGUUGCUCUUCGUUUAUGAGAUUCUUUGGCCUUGUCCCUAAACAUUGAAGCCAAGCAGUGGAGGAAAUUUGUUUAAAAAGGAAGCGCGUGUCCUCAAAUCUGCCUCUGAAACACAAUGGGAUCACAAUCACUGCCUCCUUUGGGACAGCAGAGAACAAACUACACAGACGACAACAACAGAAUUUAGGUCAUUACAGAGGCAUAUCGACUCCUGCUGAAUCAGCUGCAGCUUAAAAGAACAAAUAGAUGUAGACAGAAGAGUAACGGGCCCUGAGGUUUGACUGCAUUACGUUGUUGUGUGUAAUGGGAGAGUGUGUGUUGGACCGCUAUGAAGAAGAUGGGUUUCAGAGUUGUGAAGGGUUUGACAACUGGGCCUCAUUUAGCUCUGCAGACUGGACAGAAACCCAGAAAAAUAACAAUGAGUUUUCAGACUGGGCUGGAUUUCAUGAUAACACCGGGAAGGAGGACUUUUCAACAAUGCCUUUGGCGGAAACAGGAACUUUCAGCCGUCAUGAAAAUGCUGAUAAUGGUGAUGAGGUAAACCCCUGGUUCGUUUUUAACAACUGCUUUCAAGUUGAGAAGGCAGAAAAAGAUCCUGUUGUGAUGGAAAUUCCCACACUAUCCCUGCUGCCAGAACACACCACAGACAUGCUCUCUCAGUCUGCUGCAAUAACAAGUGAAGCUGCAAGUUUCUGGUGUCAUUUACAGUCUGGGUCAAAAAUGCUAAGAUUGUCAGGUCCCAAACCCAAACUACACUCCCAGGAAGCACUGCUAAAAACACUGCAGCUCAGACAGCCUGACGCAAACACUCAUGCACAGACCAACACUCUUCGAGAUCUUGAACUAGAGGUACAGGAAGACCGUCCCGGUGCGCUUAUUCAAACUAAGCUGAUGCCAUCAUCAAACUGCCGUAAUGCUCCAGGAUUCUUUUAUCAGGUCUCACGUCACUGGCUUAACAUGAACCUGAACAAGCACAACAAUGAUCCUCUGCAGUAAUUAACUUCACACACACACACACACACACACACACACAGGAGUCACACUGUUACACUCAAAAGACUGAAUUUCUAGUAAAAAAAAAUUAAAAUAAAAUAAGCCACACAUAAACUUUCUGUCACUGUCAAGAGUUUUUAGUAUAAUCAUCAACAUUUCUAGGAAAAUCAUACAGGUUAAAAGGACUGAAUUUUAUGUUUUGGUCUCUUUACCAAACAUAACAUACAGUCCCUGCUUUCUUUAAUGUAUAUGCAAACAAGUACAAAUAAAUCCAGGUAAACCUGUUACAAACAUGCUUGAAAAACACACUGGAUUGUAUCGCUACGCACACAAGCUCAGGAGGGAAAUGUUACUUGACAAACACACUUUGCCACUAAUAGAACAGAACUAACAAAUGCCUAAUGAUAAGACAAUGAAGAAGCUUGCUGCUGCUGCUGCCUGCAUGCACUAUUUUGUUGUGACCUGAGAAAUUGAAACUAUGAACGGAAACGUUUGAAUGUAUAUUAUGUUAAUAAUAUAUUGGAGAUAUUUAAAUACAUGAUUAUACAGAUUGAAUUGUUUUAGAGAUAUUUGCCUUUUAAAACAAAGAUUAAGACAGUUACUCAAAUGUAAUAAAAAAUGCAAGCCCUUUAACAAUAUUAUUGCGGCAUGGCAAUUAUUCAACUUGUUUAUAAAUUGUGAAGGAGUCUAAAAAAUAUAUAUAUUUUUUAUUUAUACAAGACCUGAAGUCUCAUAUGGCUAAUUUCAAUGUAGAGCUAACUUAAUACCAUUUUUGACAACAUAACGGACGUGACAAAAUGAAGAAAACUGAAAAUGCAAGCCUUUGAAGGACAGGUUUUUGAAAAUGAUAUGCUUGCAGUAUCUGAUAUGUAUUACUUCUUUACAAUGUGGCACACCUAAUAAAGCAUUUUUAGCAUUGUUUUUGCAGAUCUGUGUAAAAUGAGACCAUUUUGACAAUGUUGUUGUACGCAGACAUUUCCACUUUUUUUGUUAACUAAUUUAAAGGGCACCUAUGAUGAAAAUCAUCUUUGGAUAGAACUGUGUGUAGGUAUAGUGUGUCCACAGCCAUAUUGAAGUAAUAAAAAGACAGUAAGAUUC